AUGUGUUAUGGAAAAAGCUGUGGUCCACCUCAGGCACAUCAGGAAAAUUGGUUAUUAAUUUUAAUCGGUACUGUUCAGUCUUGCUGUAUUACAAAACUUUCGGUUCCAAAUAGCAUCUGUGCAAAUGCGACUUGGGUACAACAUGGAGUCACUAUAGCUGGAGGCUAUGGCACAGGAAAUAACUUGAACCAGUUUGGUGCCUCGGGAAUAUAUGGUGUUCGCGUAGAUGAGUGUGCUUCAGUAUAUAUAACGGAUGAUUUCAAUCAUCGCAUCAUUAAAUGGGACAUGGGUUCAACAGCUGGCAUCAUUGUUGCAGGAGGGAACGGUAUAGGUAAUCAAAACAAUCAAGUGAGUUGGUCUCACAGUGUAGCUUUGGACGAAAAUGGAACAAUUUUUGUUGCAGACCUCGGAUGGAUGUAUCCUAAUGGAAAUGGACGAAUUCAACGAUGGAAUAAGGGUGCAACUAGCGGUACAACUGUCAUCAACCAAGGUGCUGAGGCAAUCAACCUCUGUUCAUGCCAUCGAGAGCAACAUCAAUAA